AUGGAGCAGAAUCACAGGCUUCUGUCUGAAGGACCAGCGUAUGAGAACCCUACUCGGUUUCGGAAGUUUGUGGGAAAACUUGUUUAUCUUGCCAUCACCAGACCGGAGUUGAGUUACUCCAUACACGUUCUGUCUCAGGUGAUGCAUAAGCCGCGUGCGGCUCAUUGGGACGCGGUCGUACGAGUGUUGAGAUAUUUGAAGGGAUGUCCUGGACAGGGGAUCAUCCUGAGGGCAACGAGCGAUCUGCGUCUGAGAGCAUUCUGUGAUUCAGAUUGGGCAGCGUGUCCAAGUACUCGCAGGUCUCUGUCGUCCUACAUUGUGUUGUUGGGUAACUCGCCUAUUUCGUGGAAAACCAAGAAACAGAACACGGUUUCGCAUUCUUCGGCAGAGGCGGAGUAUAGGUCUAUGGCAGUAACGGUAUGUGAACUUAAGUGGCUGAAGCGGUUGCUGAAGGAUUUAGGCGUUACACACAAGGAGGCGAUGGAGCUGUUCUGUGACAGCAAGGCGGCUCUGUAUAUUGCAGCUAAUCAUGUGUUCCACGAGCGUACAAAACAUAUUGAAGCUGACCGUCACAGCGUUAGAGAUGCAGUUCAAGAAGGAUUGAUUGUGACUCGGCAUGUUCGUACGACUGAGCAGACUGCAGACAUUAUGACCAAGGCAUUGGGAGCUUCCGCAUUUCAGUAUCUACUGGCCAAGUUAGGUGUUCGUAACCUCCACUCGCCAACUUGA